GGUGGUAGAGUGUUUUUUUUUUUUUUGCCAGAGUCUCAGAUGGUAGCUUAAUUCCCUAAAUUUUGAUCCAGAGGUAUUUUUGUAACUGGUCAACCGAUUUCUCUUACCUUAAACUUCCAAAAUGUAUUAGUGAGUUAACUGGUCAGUCUAAUUUUGUCCUUUAGAUGUUAUCAGGAUGACCCUUUCACUGUAUUGUUAUGGCUCAAAAAUAUAUGCCUUUACUAUUGUCAUUACCCUUUUUGCCAGAGCAAAUACAGGGAUGAAUGAAUUGGCAUUCACCUCAGCAGAUGACCCUUUUGUAAUAUUAGAAUCAACUUCAACCACAACAAAAUUGACAUUUACAGACCCACUGGAAGAAUUCAGUAAGUUCAACCUUUCGGGAAGCACAAAUCGACUUGGUUCAUCAAACAUCUCUGCACGAAGGCCCCCUCCAAAACCAGGACAAGUGUUGAAGAGUAACAAAGUUAAAGGUUCAAAUGUAUCUUCCAUAGAUGAACUUGAAGGUUUUGCUAUGGGCAGGAUGCAAAAUAAUGUCAAUAUAUGCUCAAGGGGAGCAAGGGAGAGACAAACUGCAAAAGCAAGUAAAUAUAAAGAAGCUGAAGAUUCUGCACAGAAGAAUCACCAAAAGAGUGCAGAUGAUCUAGAAUCCUUUUUUGGUGUGGGUUCUCGAUCCAGCAAUGUACCAAAGUCAAGGACUACAACUUCGGAUCCUUUAUUUGAUGCAAAGAUAAACAACAAAGGAGAGGGUGCAGUAGCCCAGAGAAAGUCUAAUGGUGUCUCAUCCAGCAUAAGGAAAGGUUCUUCUACAACAAAUAUAGUUGAUGAUUUUUCUUCAAUAUUUGGAGAUCCUUUGUCAUUUGGAGAAUUUGAGGAAGUUGAAGGGGAAAGUGAAGAAAGACAAAGAGCCAGAUUGGGCCAACACCAGAGGACCCAGGAUCGAGUGGCAAAAGCAGUUGCUGACAUGAACCAGCGUGACCUUCAAAUUCAGCAAGAGCAAGCAGAGAGGCGUAGGAUUGCUGACAAAGUGGAUGCCGAGAUGAAGCGCUGGGCUGCAGGGAAAGAAGGCAACAUGCGCGCAUUGUUAUCAUCAUUGCAACAUGUGCUUUGGCCUGAAUGUGGAUGGGAGCCAGUUUCACUUACAGAUUUGAUUACAUCUGCCUCGGUGAAAAAAGUUUAUAGGAAGGCAACACUAUGUGUCCAUCCUGAUAAGGUUCAGCAGAAAGGUGCCACUCUUGAGCAAAAAUAUACUGCUGAGAAGGUUUUUGAUAUUCUCGAGGAAGCUUGGAACAAGUUCAAUAAGGAGGAACUCUCUUACAAACCUUUUAAUGAUUCAUCUUGUUGACUGUUCGUGGUGCGCAAUUUGGCAACAGAACUCCCGUUUUGGGUGAAUGAUGCUUAUGCAGUUCCAUUCUACAGCUUUGGGUGCAAUGUGCUUCCAUAAUGACAUGAAUUCCAUUAUGAUUGAAUCUUUCGGACCAGGCAAAGUGAUGCUCGCUUGUUUGUUUAUGAAGUCGUAUAUUAAUGUUGUUUCUGUAAACAUUCUUUACAACAUUCAUAGAAUCAUCCCCCAUGGCAAGUUCAAACGGCCAAUGCAUUCUCCAUUGGUGGUGAGGAUUUUUAAUCUCUGAUUUUUUGUUCUAAAAAUUUUAAAAGGGGCUGCGAGAUAUAUUCUUUUUGUUUGUGAUAAUGGUUUUGUUUGAGCAUCCCCCUAUUUAUGAGAGGUGAAGUCCGUUGGUUUA